UGGUGGAACCGGACCGGUCAAAUGUGGGCUGCUAUCAGUAUCCACAAACAUCCAACUUCCUAUUGUUCCUCCUUUUCACUAGCUUUUGUAACCAUUUUGCUUAUUCCCAGGUAGCCAUGGCUGCAAGUGAAGAGGACUCAAACAAGCUUUCUUCACCCCGCUUCGACCCGGCCCAACCUCUCCUCUCUAAACCGUAUCCUGCAAUCGACGACCCGAUAUCCGUCCCCCACCACCCCAGCUCCCCGUCUGACCCAGGAGACCAAUCUCAGUUUCUCCAGAUCUCCUACAACUACGGCCCACGGAGUAUCAAGGACCUGCCUUACCUCAUCCUCUUCCUUCUUCUCGUUCUAUCCACGUUUGGGUUCGGCAUCUACGCUUCCGUCAACCGGAAUCCUGACCGUUUCCGGGUCUCUUCCUAUGCUUACGAUUACACCUCCUUUUCAUGCACUCUUCAAGAUUCAAGAAACCUCCUUUCUCUAAGCUUGUCUGAUUCCGGUGUCUUGGAGAGCUUGAUAUGGACUCUUGUCGUUACUCUGCUCUUCAGCUUUCCCUUUGUGCUCUUUGUACUUUUCUUGCUCAAGCGUUAUACCAAGCAAAUCGUUUACUUUUUGCUUCCUUUCUUCAUUAUUAUUCCGGUGGCCUUAAACCUCUACUGGUUCGUUGCCUGCACCGUGAGUUCCACUUGCAGCGAUGCAUUUCCCUUGGCAUAUCGGAUUUUGGUGCUGGUGUUUGUGUUCUUGAUUAUUGCAGUGAUUGUUUGGAUUUUCGUUGUGAAUUGGCAUCGGAUUGAACUCACUGUGACUAUAAUUGGAGUUGCUUCCAAUGCGCUGUCCAGGAAUUUGAGGUUGUUUGUGGUGCUCCCGGCACUGACCUUGGGUCUGUUUGUGUAUUAUGCUCCCAUUGUUGUUUUCUUGGUUUUUGCACGGAUGAAUGGGGAGAUUGUCCCCAAGGAAGAGCAUGGAAAAUACUCUUGUCAUUGGAAACAAGACAAAUUUGUGCCUGCAUACUAUGCAUUAGCUAUUCUCACAAUGUUAUGGUCUGCUACAACGCUGAUAGAAGCUCAAGUUUAUGUGAUCAGUGGGACAAUCGCUCAGUGGUACUUCUCCAAGGAUGAUACAAGUCCCAAAAAGAGCAUGAGAAGCUCCUUGAGAAAUGCUUUUGGUCCAUCUUCAGGCACAAUAUGUUUUUCUGGGUUGAUUGUCUGUGUUGUCCGUAUGGUGCGUGCCAUGGUAGAUAACGCAAGACAAGAGGCACCUGGCAUUGUAAACCUUAUUCUAAGGUACUGCGUCAAUACCCUUCUGUCAGCAGUUGACUUUCUGAACAAGUUCACGAUAAACUUUGCCGCUAUUACUGGCGAAUCAUAUUGCACAUCUGCCCAAAUGACAUACGAACUUCUUGAACGUAACCUGCUCUCAACAGUCAUUGUGGAGAUCGUCUCCACACGCAUUCUGGCUGGAAUUUCUUUUGUCCUUUCAGCAAUAUAUGCAAUAGUGGUUUGCAUUAUAUUGAAAGCUGUGAUUCACCUCGGGAUGGAGGCAUACCUUGUUUCUGCUACGGCAUGGCUGCUUUUGAUUGUGGUUCUCGGUUUCUUUGUCCUCAUUUUGGACAACGUUGUUGAUACAGUUUAUGUGUGCUAUGCAAUAGACAGGGAUAGGGGAGAGGUGAGUAAGCAGAAGGUCCAUGAAGUGUAUGUUCACCUCCCAAUCAGCAGGAGUAUCAGAACACCAUUUGCUGCUGCCAGAUCUCCUCCUCUUUCUGUAUAACCCUCCUUUGAAUAGGGGCCUGUGUUGUAACUUUGUAGAAUUUUUUGGUCAUGAUGUAUAAUUGCCUGCCGGCAAGUGGAUGGGUGAUACGAUCCUUAAACUCUUCUUGUACAACAGAGAUUUUUCCCAAUAAGAGAAUUCCCAGGUGGUCCUGCUCAUUUUUUUUAUGUCGAUGUUGGACCAACUGUUAGUACUU